CCUACCCAGUCUUUCUCUGCCUUUCCUGGACAGAUGCACCAGCAAGGAAUUCUGAAAACAGAUGACCUGAUCACCCGCUUUUUCCGUCUUUGCACCGAAAUGUGUGUUGAAAUCAGCUAUCGUGCUCAGGCUGAGCAACAGCAUAAUCCUGCUGCCAACCCCACUAUGAUUCGAGCCAAGUGCUACCACAAUCUGGAUGCCUUUGUGCGACUUAUUGCACUGCUAGUGAAACACUCUGGGGAGGCAACCAACACAGUUACAAAGAUCAACCUCCUGAAUAAGGUUCUUGGUAUUGUGGUGGGAGUUCUUCUGCAAGAUCAUGAUGUUCGGCAGAGUGAGUUUCAGCAGCUUCCUUACCAUCGCAUUUUCAUCAUGUUGCUGUUGGAAUUAAAUGCUCCUGAGCAUGUGCUGGAGACCAUCAACUUCCAGACGCUCACAGCUUUCUGUAACACAUUUCACAUCCUGAGGCCUACAAAAGCUCCAGGUUUUGUUUAUGCCUGGCUGGAACUGAUCUCCCAUCGGAUAUUUAUUGCAAGAAUGCUGGCACAUACACCACAGCAGAAGGGUUGGCCUAUGUAUGCCCAGUUACUGAUCGAUCUUUUCAAGUACUUGGCUCCUUUCCUUAGAAAUGUGGAACUCACAAAACCUAUGCAAAUUCUUUACAAGGGCACUCUGCGUGUGUUGCUGGUCUUGUUGCAUGAUUUCCCAGAAUUUCUUUGUGACUACCACUACGGCUUCUGUGAUGUGAUCCCACCUAACUGUAUUCAGCUAAGGAAUCUGAUCCUGAGUGCCUUCCCACGGAACAUGAGGCUUCCAGACCCUUUCACCCCCAAUCUAAAGGUGGACAUGUUAAGUGAGAUUAAUAUUGCUCCACGAAUACUCACCAAUUUCACUGGAGUGAUGCCUCCUCAGUUCAAGAAAGACUUGGAUUCCUAUCUCAAAACCCGUUCUCCUGUCACUUUUUUGUCUGACUUGCGCAGCAACCUACAAGUAUCAAAUGAACCUGGCAACCGCUACAACAUCCAGCUGAUUAAUGCACUGGUGCUCUACGUGGGUACUCAAGCUAUUGCGCACAUUCACAACAAAGGCAGCACGCCCUCCAUGAGCACCAUUACCCACUCGGCUCACAUGGACAUCUUCCAGAAUUUGGCAGUAGACCUGGACACUGAAGGCCGGUACCUUUUCUUGAAUGCCAUUGCCAAUCAGCUGCGAUAUCCCAACAGUCACACCCACUACUUCAGUUGCACCAUGCUGUACCUGUUUGCAGAGGCCAACACCGAGGCCAUCCAGGAGCAGAUCACUAGAGUUCUCUUGGAACGACUGAUUGUAAAUAGGCCUCAUCCCUGGGGUCUCCUUAUUACUUUCAUUGAGCUGAUUAAAAAUCCAGCGUUUAAGUUCUGGAAUCAUGAAUUUGUUCACUGCGCUCCAGAAAUUGAGAAGUUGUUCCAGUCAGUUGCACAGUGCUGCAUGGGGCAGAAGCAGGCCCAGCAAGUAAUGGAAGGGACUGGUGCCAGUUAGAUGAGCUGCACCUUGCGCUGUCAGUGUGCCAGCCUGGAGGUCCCCGUCCCAUCAACUGACAGAAGACUCUGUAAGGCUCC